CCCGCUACUUACCUAACCAUCUACUUUGUUCUUUGGCUAUUAUAGUUAUAUUACUAGUUUCAUACCUAUACCCCGUUUCUAUAUCAAGAUGCCUGCCACUAACACGAGUGGUCCUGCCGCUACCUACACGAGGGGAUCAACAAACCCCAGUUGGUGCGUGAACGCCUACGAAAAUGACCGUAGUGUUGCCUCCCAGCACUCGCUUGGCUCGCUCGAGAAUAUCCGCGGCAACCCGACUAAGGUUCGCUUCACGUCUACCUGCUCCCACAAGACCCUUGUCCUGUGCUACCCGGAGCCGGACGGCAAAGGUAGUGUCAAGGAGGCCAAGUUCGACGUGGGUAGUACGGACGAGUUCAACACAAUGGAUCGCUCCUAA